CUUGUCUCCACCACAAGCACGUGGAAAAUUUCUCUUUUUGCCAAAAAGUUGCAAUGGCUCAGAAAAGCAGGAUUCUGAUCAUCGGAGGGACAGGCUACAUUGGAAAAUUCAUAGUGGCGGCAAGCGCAAAGGCUGGCCAUCCUACCUUUGCUUUGAUCAGAGAGAGCACUCGCUCCGACCCUGUUAAGGGAAAGCUCGUUGAGAAUUUCAAGAACCUAGGCGUCACUUUGCUCCAUGGAGAUCUCCAUGACCAUGGGAGUUUGGUAAAGGCGAUUAAGCAGGUGGACGUGGUGAUAUCGACGGUAGGCCGCCUGCAGUUCGGAGAUCAGGUCAAGAUCAUUGCUGCCAUUAAAGAAGCCGGUAAUGUUAAGAGAUUCUUUCCGUCGGAAUUCGGAAAUGACGUGGACCGCGUGCAUGCUAUUGGGCCAGCAAAGACUGCAUUUGCAACAAAGGCAAAGAUCCGCCGCACCAUUGAGGCUGAAGGGAUCCCCUACACUUAUGUGACAUCCAACCUCUUCGCCGGCUAUUUUCUCCCUACAUUGGCACAGCCAGGAGCUAGGGCUCCUCCAAGAGACAAAGUCAUAAUCUUCGGAGAUGGAAAUGCCAAGGCAAUUUUUAACAAGGAAGAGGACAUAGGAAGCUAUACGAUUAGAGCGGUAGAUGACCCAAGAACAUUGAACAAGAUACUCUACCUCAGGACUCCCAAAAACAUUUACUCACUCAAUGAGCUUGUUGCCCUCUGGGAGAAGAAGAUUGGAAAAACCCUUGAGAAAAUCCAUGUCUCAGAGGAGAACAUUUUGAAGGACAUCAAAGAGUCAGAAUUUCCAGUGAAUGCGAUAUUAUCAAUAAUCCACUCAGUGUUUGUGAAGGGAGACGAAACAAGCUUUGAGAUAGAGGCAUCAUUUGGUGUGGAGGCUUCGGAGUUGUACCCAGAUUUCAAUUACACCACUGUGGACGAAUACCUCGACCCAUUUGUCGGUGACUUCAUGGAAAAAGGACUGUCUGUACCUGCUCUCUUUGGAUAUUGUAAUGAACCAUAAUUUACAAUAAGCCGUGCAUUUUUCUCAUUCCAAUAAAUGUGAUCAUUCACAGUAAGGAGUAUGUCUACCUGCUAUAUAUAUUAAUAUGAUAUUGUACGUUUGAUCAGAUUUGAUUAUCAUAUUUAUUUAUAUAAAUUCUCUUAUAAAUAUGAGUUUUUUGUAUUGUAAAAUAAUCAAAGAAUAAAAGUGAAAAAGGGUUUUAUCUUGUA